CCACUGUUGUGAAUAGUCUCCAGAGCGUCAUCAGUAAAAACAUCUUCCAGCUGCUUCAGAGAUGUUGAAGGAAGGAAUCAGCUUCUCACCAAAACUGUUCACAGUGGUUUGAUAAUAUUCAAGUCAGGUAAAUUGUCUUUCUAGGAUAGAUGCUGAAGUUCAUCUUGGUGCUCCAACUGUCCAGGAUUUAUGAUCAUGACUCCACUGAUUAAAGUUAGAGCAAUUUCAGCUCUUUCAUGAAUGUUGGUUUUUGUGAAGUUCUCAGCAUGUUUUAAACAAAAAUACAGUUUCAGUUGUUCUACUUCAAAGUUUCACAUUUAAUUCAGGCCCCGUAGUGCGUUUUCGUUUUAAAACGGUGUUUUAGAAUGAAAAAGUUUACACUACACAACCUAAAACGUAUAUGUCACAUGACUACUCAUGCAGGUACAACCAUAGAUAUGUAUAGGUAGAUUCCCUAUUAUUUAGAUGGUGGACGUGUCUGCGUGCUUGGAGCGGUCGAAUGAGGAACCUACCCAUACAUAUCUAUGGGUACAAUAAUGAGUAUGAUGUUAUUGUUUACACGGUCGUCAAGUCACUAGUGGAAACGCAACCCCAGAGUUUUCAAACUAAAACGGGGUCUGCAGCGUUUUCAGAAGUCAGGUCGAAAACACCGGAGUAGUGUAAACGAUUAUGCUUUUUAAAAUGAAAACGCACUAGUGUAAACGGGGCCUAAAUGUGUUAUUGGCUUUUUUGGAAUAUUUUAUAAUAAUUUACUAAUAUAUUACAACAAUUUGUUGUUUAUAUUUAGCCAUGUUAAUCCAUAUCUUUUAUCUAUCUUAACAUAACAUUUAAAUUUGGGUAGAUAUACACAUUUAAGAUGUUAAAGUCUAAGUUUUUCUCAGAAAACAGACCAGAAAUAUUAAUUACAUCAUAUUGCACUCAUACCCUAAUAAAAAAGUAAUAUAUUUAAAAUACAUUUAUUUCAUUCUAAGUAUAGUUCAAAUCUAUUAACAUAUUUACUGACAUAUCGCUGUAGACUUAUAUGUAUAAAAAUUGUUAUUAAACUUUAUUUGGAGUACUACUUGUGCACAACGCACAUUUCUAAAUAUUAAGCCCAACAUUUGUUUUAAUGUCACUAUUGAUGAGGAUUAUAUGAUCUUUCAAUAAUAUCUGUCUUUAAAUGGAAAAUAUUUAAAGUAUACUUGCAAUAGUUCCACUUUAGCACAAUCAAAUAUACUUCAGUAUAUCUUUAUUUGGACUUCAGCACUACUUCCACACAAUUAAAGUACAUUAAGUACAAAAUUAGAUGUUCCAAUUUAGCAGACUUACCAGUUUAAUAUACUAAAAGCACAAUUGCAGGGUAUUUUUAGUAAGAAAGAACUGCACUCGUCAAGUCUUUUCAUGGGGUUCUUAAAAUGAUCUUAUGUGUAGACAGAAUAACUUCAGAAGACCAGCACCAUGAUGACUGCACGUGAAAAAAUCAAGAAGAAACCGCCCAAAGACAGUCUGACGCUGUUACCAUGCUUCUAUUUCGUAGAGCUACCCAUUGUGGCGUCCUCCAUGGUUUCACUGUACUUCCUGGAACUGACGGAUGUGCUCCAGCCGGCGCAGGUGGGAUUCCGCUGCCAUGACCGGUCACUCAGCAUGCCGUACGUGGACAGCGGCGAUGAGCUCAUUCCUCUGCUCAUGCUCCUGAGUCUGGCGUUCGCCGGCCCUGCUGCUUCUAUAAUGAUUGGUGAAGGUCUGCUGUAUUGUAUGCAGUCCAAACUGAAGGUCCGUCCAGGGAUUGAAGGAAGCAUAAAUGCUGGUGGAUGUAAUUUUAACUCUUUCCUACGGAGAACCGUCCGUUUUGUUGGGGUUCAUGUGUUCGGUCUUUGUGCAACAGCACUGGUUACGGAUGUCAUCCAGCUAGCCACUGGCUAUCACACACCAUUCUUUCUCACAGUGUGCAAACCCAAUUAUACAGUCCCAGGUGUGUCCUGUGACAAGAACCCUUACAUCACCAAAGACAUUUGCUCUGGCCAGGAUCAGCAUGCUAUUCUGUCUGCCAGGAAAACCUUUCCUUCCCAGCAUGCAACCCUCUCUUCCUUUGCUGCUGUUUAUAUUUCAAUGUACUUCAACUCAACAAUCUCUGAUAGCACCAAGCUGCUCAAACCCGUUCUGGUGUUUGCCUUUGCCAUUGCGGCUGCGUUGACGGGACUCACUCAGAUCACCCAGUACCGCAGUCACCCGAUCGAUGUUUACGUUGGGUUCUGUAUUGGCACUGGUAUUGCAGCGUACUUGGCUUUCCAUGCUGUUGCCAACUUCAAAUCUCCAGAGGACACCGUCAUCCCGCAACCUCCUCCUCUGCAGAAGGAUGCUUUGAGGGCUCUGGCCCAGAGAGGUCACGACUCUGUCUAUCACAAAGGCCAUGCCUCUGAGAGCAAUGAGGAAAUAACAUCACCAGCAUGUCUAGAUGGGCUGAACCGGCCUGUACAGCGGGAGAAAACCUCGUUGGGAAGCUUAAAGAGAGCCAGUGUGGACGUGGAGCUACUGGCACCUCGCAGCCCAAUGGGUAAGGAGACCAUGGUAACCUUCAGCAACACAUUACCCCGUGCUACAGCUCCAGAGGAGCCAACGAGGCGUCUGGUGACAGUACCUGUUCCAGUACCACUGGACCCCAUGCGGACACAGCAAUUAGUGUCUGAAUGGAAGCAAAAGUCAAUGGAGAUGCGAGGCGGCAGCUUCCCCGAUGAGGACACCAGCGAUCAGGGCUCAGAUGGUGGCAACGACACGACCACAGAGGAGGAUAGCGUCCACUCUUCAGUCUAUUCGUCUGUUCAACCAUCAGCCAAACCGGCUAACCCACCUGCAGGGGCAAGAGUAGUGAUGCCCCCUCGCCCUCCAGCACAGCCCUCGGUUCCUCCACCUGUGUCCCCUAAAAGUGCCAGCACUCGGGCCAAAUGGCUGUCCAUCACAGAGAAAAGUGGUGCUAAUGUUCCAGUUCUCAAGGCAGGAAAUCAGCCUCGGAUCAUGCAGGUCAUUGCCAUGUCAAAGCAACAGGGACUCCUGUCUGGAUCGGCUAAAUCCUCAGAGACCUCGUCCUCUUCUGGUACCUCAUCCAUCACGGGCACAGAAUCAUCGCCUAAUCGUUCAGAACGUGACAGCGGUUCAGGCAUCAUCACGGUUGAUGCCCACGCCCCCCACCACCCCGUAGUCCGUAUGACCUCCAACCCCAAUAACCCCUGGGAGUGGAGAGGAUCUUCUGAUGGAAACAUGGCCGAAUCGUACGAGCUUAAAAACCUCAACCGUGACAGUUCCCGCAGUUACCGCAACGUGAGGAGCAGCUCUCCUUUUUCCUGCACCAGUGAGGCUGACCACGGGCUGCCCCAGCCUCCUCAACCUCCCCAGCCACCACUUCCCCCUCAACUCCCAUCCGUGGGUCACACCUCAGAGGGUCGCAGUCUGCGCCGCAAGACCCCUCUAGUCCUACUGGAUAGGGAGGGCAAUCUGAACCACACGGAGCAGGACAACUACUACAAAAAGUUACAUAGUGGCAGGCAUUUCAAAGAGUGACAAUGUGCUAAUAUAUAUGAGCACAACAACACUUUUUGGUCAUUUGGGUUGAAUUACUUGAUUUGAUUCCAGGAGGAAUAUCAGAAUAGCCGGAUUCACUACACUUUGAGUCAGUAGAGCUUUCGGGAGAUGCUGCUUCUGACGACUUAAGAGCACAAUGGUUUUUGCCAAACUACAUUAUCAAAAUUUCCAUCAGAUGUAUUGUAUUUACAUAAUCUUCAUAUUAUCAGAGUGUAAAAUAAGGUUUGGGAUUAUUUUUAUUGCUGCUCUUUUUGUUCAUACUUUAUUUAAACGUGUGACAGAUGUGAAGUUGAAUUUACGUGUAUGUGUGUUUACGCACGAUUGUUUAGUGUAUGUUGUAGUGAUACAAUAAUAGAAAAUAUUUGACUGCCUUGUAACGCUCACAGUGAAAACCGAUUUAAAGUGUUUUGUUGGCUCUUUAUGAAUGAUAAUUGCUUUGCAAAAGGGUAGCGUCCGUUCUUUGUACAUCUGACUAUAACUGCUGAUAAGCUGUUCUGGACAUUCUGCAAAUCUACUGAAGACAACCUGUGAAAAACAGUGGAAGCACUUUGAAUAAGCACUUAUAAAUCACUUCAUCUCUUUGUGUUAACAAGUGAGGUGAAUUGGAUUGUCUGUGAGGUAUUCCAAAGGAAUAUUAGACUGCUCUGGACACUUUAAGGAAAGUAUUUUCUCACAAUCCAUCACAUACCUUAUAGUGGAACAGCAACUGGACAACAGGUCCAUGUGAAGAAUUUACUGCAGGUCCCACAUUUUAUGUAUCAUAAUGAGAAAGAGUUUCCCAAAAGAAACAACUUUUUUGGUGUAAAUCACAAAAAGAAUUUCUACAAACACUCUGGGAUUUAUCUGUAAUAGUUAGAGGUCACCUUGUCAUGCUGUUUCCCAGAGGUUCUCCUCUAAAUGAACUUGAUGCAUGUUAUGUGAGUGUUGUCAAGGUGGAAGUGAAGCCUUGUCAGUGAAGAGUUCCAAUCUGUUAUAAUGUACAUGUGCAGCUGUCACUGCAGGUUGAAUACUGUGUGCGUCAGCUCUCUCUUCACGGUGCUCUGAGCUGCUCCUGGAUCUCUGUAGAUGGUUGUCCGUAAUGGAUGCUUCGUGCUGUUGAUGCAGUUUCCAAAAAAAAAGACAACAUAAAUGACAACAAUAAACAAGCUGCUGUAAAUUACAAUGACCCUAAAUUGUAAUUUGUAACACACUGCAAACAUUACCCCUCCCAUUUUUGUACUGAAAUAUUUUUCUUUCAUUUCUAAAGUAUAAAUCUGGUGGCUUACAGCAGGUUAGUGGUGGAGAUAUAGAACCAAUCAGUAGAUAUUUGAGAGCGAUGUACAGUACAUGAAAGCUAAGCAAAUAACCCUUUGAAAAGAGCUUGAUUGACAGGUGAUCUGACCAAUCAUAAUGCUGAAUCUGCCAUUAUGUCCGGCAAACAAAUCAGACAGUAGAGUAGAUUAAAUUCAAUGGACCUAAAGGUCAAGGCACAUAUAGUCCCCAAGCUGUCCCAUUCACAAGCAUAAUAUACCAAACCUGCAUUUAACAAGAUAAUAAUAUCUGUUUUUUUUUUUAAAGAUUACUUAGAGGUGCAUGCGUUGUUUGUGUUUGUCAUUAUUUGGCAUUUGAUUGUUACACUAAGCAAACUCCCAGAAGGACAAUGACUCUGGAGCCAGUAAUUACUCCAGAGUAAUUAACCAAAGAUAUAAACCAAUAAAAUACCGUAGAUCUGCAAACUGCUGGGCUUGAUUCAAAUAUGACAUGCUUGCAUUUGGGACCUGAUUUUUAAACAGCUUGAUUUCUCAUUAAAACUGGAUUUUUUUUAAUCUCUCCACCAAAGAUAAAUUCUAGCCCAGAGCAUUUCACAGUCUUGCUGAGGUCAUACUUUAAAUUCUUAUUAAAUGCAGAUUAAACUGGCAGUGCAAGCAUUCCUACAUAUGGAGUUUGAAUAUGAAACUUUCAGAUGCAGGAUGUGGCAAGUCACCACUAAUAAAGUGGCAGGAAGAGAAAGAAAAAUUAAAUGUUUUUUAUUUUUUUACUACUGUAAAGCACACCAUCUGCGACAAAGUGUUGUUACUUAGAAUAAAAGAAAACAGCGAUUUCUGAGUAUAAUAAUUGCAGUGAUUUUACCAAGAAAUAAAAAUGAUGAAACACACAAGGCAUCUAUGAUGCCUCGACAGCAUCCCACACCUGGGGUUUAAUUAUACUGUUGCCAUGCACUGCUCUGAGUGAGUACUGCAGAGAUGCACAAAGGAUGUUCUAUUUCCUCUAGAGGCAUCAACAAUUAGCUUGCUGUCAAUCCAAAUGAAUGUCAGACAAUUCAAGAUACUAAAUUUUAAAGAUCUCUCAGUGUUGCACUGCAACAUCUCAAAGAGACUGCAGAUGUAGUCUGCUAAAUGAAUAAAUGUUCAGAUCAUUAGGCACGCUAUGCUGGCUUGCAGCUAUAUGUAGUAAUGUAUCAAGCCUUUUUGAAUCAUGCUGUGACCACUCAAAAACCCAGCGGUGCAUUUGGGCCCAUCUUGGUAUCAUGAAAUCUACCUGGCACCAGUAUAAGCUUCUUCCACCUAGUCAACUCUGACGCCUACAUACGCUCUCCAAACAUGAGCGGUGCCCACGCCAUACGCUGAAACUAUCGUGAAGUCUGCAAAAGCACAAACAGAGCUCUGGCUGUUGCUAUGGUGACUGGGUUGAGCAGUGGGGGCCUCCAGUGCAGAGCAAUUUAUCAUUUUAAUAAGAACUAUAUGUGUGUUUCAAGGGGUGGGACUCUGGACUCACAGUCAUAGACAUACAAUUCAUUUGAUUACUCUGAAUGCUUUUGAAAGAUGAGAGGUUGAAAUGGAUUUUGAGCCCUGACAGAAGUUUCCUUCAUUUUCAGCUGUGAGAGGUGUAGGCUGGGUUUAUUAUAUGGUAUCUGAUGUAAUCUUUUUACAAAAGAUGAGAAAAGUCUCUCUGGAAUAAUGUCACAUAGAAAUAUUAUUAAACUGAAAGCUGUCGCUUUGCUUUAUUCAUUUAAUAUUCUUAAUUUGAAAGAUGAGAGAUGGGUUGGAAAUAUUUCUUCUCGCUACUAAAUUCUUAUUAAAUGAGUUUGGGAUUUUUAGUCCAAAAAUACAGUCAUGGCCAAAAAUAUCGGCAGCCUUAGUAAAUAUGAUCAAAGAAGGCUGUGAAAAUUAAUCUGCAUUGUUAAUCCUUUUGAUCUUUUAUUUAA